AGAAACAUCCAGAGCACACUUUCAGCAAGAGCACUGACUGGUUCAGCUUCUUCUGAGGGAUUCUCUGGAAGACAUCAUGUUACACUCAGCUUUGGCCCUGUGCCUCUUAUUUAUCACAGUUUCUUCCAGCCUUGCCCUUGUAAUCAGAAAGGAAAAGAAACCUCCACAGACCCUGUCAAGAGGAUGGGGCGAUGACAUCACUUGGGUACAAACUUAUGAAGAAGGUCUCUUCCAUGCUCAGAAAAGUAACAAGCCAUUGAUGGUUAUUCAUCACUUGGAAGCCUGUCAAUACAGCCAAGCACUAAAAAAAGUAUUUGCCCAAAAUGAAGAAAUACAAGACAUGGCUCAGAAUAAUUUCAUCAUGUUGAAUCUCAUGCAUGAGACCACUGACAAGAAUUUAUCACCUGAUGGGCAGUAUGUGCCUAGAAUCAUGUUUGUUGACCCUUCCCUAACAGUCAGAGCUGAUAUAACUGGGAGAUACUCUAACAGAUUGUAUACAUAUGAACCUCAGGAUUUACCAAUAUUGAUAGAAAACAUGAAAAGAGCAUUAAGACUUAUUCAAUCAGAGUUAUGAAGAAUGAUGGAAAAUUUCUUUAAUUCUGAGGUCAAAUACCAUGAAGAAAACAUCUGACUCACUGACAAAACCUAAAUGUGCAAAUAUAUGGAUUUUCUAAUGCUAUUUAGAUUUUUUUAAUGUGUUUUAAAUAUUCUUGUGACAAUAAAAUGAUAUUUCAAU